AUGUCAAGUCCUGUCCAAGCCCUGGUGUACCAGUCCCUUCUAUUAAGUCUAUUAAGCCCCAAUUUAAAGGAGCAGCUGAGAACCAUGCAGGCCUUUGCUACAUUUCUUCUCAUCAACCUGCUUGGUGUGGUGCGGGUGGAGCGCAGCCGUGCUCUGGACAUUUUAUCAGAUAAUUCCAGAAAAAACGGUGACAUCAUCACUCAAAAACCGGACACGGAACCUGCAGCAGCACAAGAUGGCAGCUAUGGUUAUAAAGGCUCUCGUCUUCGACAGGAAGACUCCCCUCCCCGCAUUGUGGAGCACCCCUCUGACCUGAUUGUGUCCAAGGGGGAACCGGCAACCCUCAACUGUAAGGCCGAGGGACGUCCGCCACCUACGGUAGAAUGGUACAAGGACGGCGAGCGCGUGGAAACGGACCGGGACCAUCCUCGCUCGCACCGCAUGCUCUUGCCGACCGGCUCUCUCUUCUUCCUGCGCAUCGUCCACGGACGACGGAGCAAGCCGGACGACGGCAGCUACGUGUGCGUGGCCCGCAACUACCUGGGCCAGGCGGUCAGUCACAACGCAUCGCUAGAGGUUGCCAUUUUACGCGAUGACUUCAGACAGAACCCUGUGGACGUUAUGGUUGCAGUCGGUGAGCCCGCGGUCCUGGAGUGCCAGCCGCCCCGAGGACAUCCUGAACCUACUAUUUCUUGGAGAAAAAAUGGUUUGAACUUGGACGACAGAGAGGAACGGAUUACAAUCCGCAGUGGCAAGCUGAUGAUCACCAACAGCAGGAAGAGCGACGCGGGGAAAUACAUUUGUGUUGGAACAAACAUGGUCGGCGAACGAGAGAGUGAAAUUGCCGAACUCACUGUACUUGAGCGCCCGACCUUCCUCAAGCGGCCCAGCAGUGUAGUGGUGUUGGCGGACGGGAGUGUGGAGUUCCACUGUGCGGUUCAAGGUGAUCCUGUUCCCACUGUCCGCUGGAGGAAAGACGAUUCUGAGCUGCCUAAGGGAAGAUUUGAAAUCCUUGAAGACCACACUUUGGUUGUACGCCAAGUGACCCCGUCAGAUGGGGGCUCCUAUACUUGUGUGGUGGAGAACAUGGUUGGGAAGUCUGAAGCAUCUGCCAUGCUUACUGUUCACGUCAACACGGUGCCGCCCGCAUUUGCCUUACGGCCCAGGAACCAGGUGUCGGCAAUAGGCAGGACCGUCACCUUCCAGUGUGAGGCCACCGGUAACCCGCAGCCUGCUAUCUUCUGGCAGAGGGAGGGCAGUGAGAGUCUCUUGUUCUCUGCGCCGCAGCCCUUCAGCCGCGUGUCUGUCUCCCAGACGGGCAGUUUGACGAUUACUGAUGUUCAACAAACCGAUGGCGGCCUGUACAGCUGUCAGGCUCUCAACAUCGCUGGCAGCGUUAUUACCAAAGCGCUGCUGGAGGUUACCGACUCCGGCUCAGAAGUGCCUCCCCCUAUAAUUAGACAGGGCCCCGUCAAUCAGACUGUACCCGUGGACGGCACCGUGGUGUUGAAUUGCGAUCCGGCCGGCACGCCGCCUCCUUCCGUCCAUUGGAAGAAGGACGGUGCGGUCUUGUCACCGGUGGACACACGCUUGUCCGUCGCAGAGAGUGGCUCGCUUGAGAUUCGUUACACAAAGCUUGAGGAUACUGGUUUUUAUACUUGUGUAGCUUCCAGCCCCAACGGAGAGGCCUCCUGGACAGCAUAUUUGCAAGUGAAGGAGUUUGGGGUCGUUGUCCAGAACGGUCGACCUUUAGGCACCGACCUGACGCCUAGUGCUCCAUCCAAACCCGAGAUCACUGACAUCGGCACUACCUCUGUCACGCUCUCAUGGAAAUCCAGCCCCAAUGGAGGCGCCACACCUACAUCCUACCUAAUAGAAGCCUUCAGUCAUACUUUAGGGAGCAGAUGGGUGACCUUAGCCGAGCACGUGAAGAUGCCGACAUUUGUCCUGAGGAACUUGAAGCCUAGCACCGUCUACCUUUUUAUGAUCCGUGCGGUCAACGCGUACGGCCUCAGUGACCCCAGUACCAUCUCGGAUUCCGUCCGAACUCUCGACAGUGCUCAUACUGCUGAGGGAGCAGAUCCGCGUCACAUUCAGAGGGAAUUGGGUGAUGUGGUCAUCCACCUAAACACACCCACCAUUGUGUCAUCCUCUGCCGUCCGUGUAAACUGGAUUGUCGAGCAGCACUCAUUGUACAUCCAAGGCUACAAGCUGUUGUACAGGCCCUCGGCCGAACACGGCCAACCCGAGGGUCAGUGGAGCAUCCUGGAUGUACGUGCCCCACAUAAGGACGGAGUGGUGAUCGGUCAGCUCAAGAGAGGCGUCAUCUACGAAUUCAAAGUGCGGCCCUUUUUUGACGAAUUCCAGGGAGCCGACAGUGACGUGAAGGUCAUCAGAACAUUGGAAGAAGCACCGAGGCAAGCACCCCGGGAGGUUACGGUUACAAAGAGCGACACCAAUAGCACUGCAAUCCUCGUCUCGUGGAAAGCGCCUACGGUCCUAGAGGAGGCUACCGUCAUUCAGGAAUACAAGAUCUGGUGCCUGGCAAAUGAGAGUCGCUAUCACGUGAACCAGUCCGUGGACGGCUAUACUUUUUCGGUUCUAGUUCCGGGGCUCGCGCCCGGGAUUCGCUACAGUGUGGAGGUGGCGGCGAGCAAUGCUGCCGGACCCGGGGUCAAGAGCAAGGUCAAGUUCUUUGAGUUAGACUCAGCCGGUCAGAUGAUGAAUCUGAGUGAGGGAAAGGACACAUUGACACACAUUUCUGACGUGGUGAAGCAGCCGGCAUUUAUUGCGGGCAUUGGCGCCACCUGCUGGUGCGUCCUCAUGAUUUUCAGCGUGUGGCUUUACCGUCACCGCAAGAAGAGGAGAGGUCUCAGCAGUUCAUACACCGGCAUUCGAAAAGUGCCAUCUUUUACCUUUACACCAACAGUUGCGUAUCAGAGAGGAGAAUCUGUGUGUGGGGCUGGCAGAUCCGGCCUUCUCGGCAUGGGAGAACCUCUGAACCAGCUGUGGCUGCCAGAUAAUUGGCCAAAUGCAUGUGCCAAUCAUAAGGACUGCAGCAUCAACUGCUGUAAUAAUGGCAACGGCACCACUGACAGUAACAUGACAACGUACAGCCGACCAGCCGACUGCAUCGCUAACUACGGAAAGCACCCGGAGGACAAACGCGGGGGCCAGCUCUGCUCGGAGACCCCUAUUUAUACAGAUGUGAACAUUGGCGACAAGCUCCACGAGAUCAAAACAUUCAGCAAUUCCAACUUGGGCUACGCAAGUCCAGGAGGAGAUUCAUCCGAUCCGUACGAACCCAUCCCCUACGCGACCACCCAACUCAUUCAGGCCAGUAUUAAAAACAAGGCUCAUACGUUGGAGACUAUGGAAAUGCCUUGCUGGAAUCAGCCUCCGAACCCUCCUCCGCUACCGAAAGAGAUGGCCACGCAGAUGCAGUACAAUAUCAUAGAGCGAAACAUUCUCAAUAAAGAUGUUCCACAAGGAAAUGAAGGUUUAGUCCAUCACAAAAUCUUCCCAGAACACAAUAUAGGAGGCUCAGACAGGGGUAGCAACAGCAGCUCAGGUAGUCAAAAUCAAAAGAAAGGACCACGGGCCAUCAAGACUCCAAAGCAUACUGCCGUUAGUUGGGGAGAUGCUCUUUCUCCUCCUCAUGCUAUUGCCUGGAAUGGUGAUGAGUACAGCCUCCCCAUGGACAAGAGUUUUGAUCCAGACAACCGAACAGAAGGCUGUCCAACUCCUCCAAUUAGAUCUCCCCCAGACUUGUCUUCUAGUCACCAAACGACCACUCAUCCACAGGGAAUGAUGAACAAGGCGGUGCAGAAUGGAAUCAGCUCCGCUCCCCUUUACACGGACACUGAUGAACAAGAAGAUGAGGAAAUGGCGCAUCAUGAAAACCUCUACCACCUGCACAAGCAACACUCCCCGCACAAGCUGCUUCUCCACAGGCUGGAACGGACCCCCGCCUCUAGUACGGCCUCCGUGGUCAACAGCUGGGGCUCGGCGUCUGAGGAGAACUUGUCGUCGGGCAGGUCCAGCGUUAUCAGCACCUCGGAAGGAUCUUUCUUUACCGACGGAGAUUUCGGUCAGGCGGAAGGCUCGCGUAUGUGCAGAGACGCGGAAGACUCCGGUCACGGACAUGUGCGACCCAGCAGUCCCAUGUCCACAGACAGCAACAUGAGUCCUGCCAUAAUGCAGAAAAGGCCCAGAAGGUACAAGCAGAACCAGUGUGGGCAAAUAAACUGUCAUCCCAAAGAUGCCUUCAAUGAUGACUCGUUCACGCCGCUCAACUUCCCUAGUCACGUGCCCCACAGUGACUCGAGAGUCAGGGGGGCCACUUUACCCAGAAUGGGUUCCGGAGAAGCCCGAGGACGGAGAGGUAGCACCGGGACUCAGCGGGUCAGAGAAGCUCCGCUAGAAGAUGGCGAGAGCCGGGACAUACGCAAGAUUUUACCGAGAGGGAAAAAGGGAGAUGGCAGAAGCAGAGAGCACUCAGAAUGUUGGGAUAUCCGACUGUCUAGUCAACUCUCUAUCCCAUCAGAUCCAGCUGGAAGGGAGGCUGAUGACCCCGAUGGAUCCAGCUUUAUACCUUGUGUAAACUCCAGGAUCAAACACAGAGGACAGAUGGAGUCUGCGGGAGUAGACGAGGUAAGCCAAAAUAGACAAAACCAUUACGAUAUUACAAUCAUUUGGCAAAGAGGUGAGGUCAUGGGAUUUCCCGUCCUCACGACAACACUUGACAAAUACAACCCCUAG